UCAUAAAUCACUACAGUCAGUUUUUUCGUUAUUCAAUAUUGUCAAAUCAUAUAAAUUGUCAAGUGAGACGAGCCCGCACCGAAAUGGCGUCGAGGUCGUUGUACAGCAGCAAAAUUUUCCGUAUAUGCCGCCUGCUCUACUCCACCAAGCCCGAGCAGAAGGUGGUGGGCCAGAACAGGCCCAACAUCCGCUACACCGUGUGCCAAAAGAAGACGCCCACAUUCCACAAGAUCGAAACCAAAAGCUCCCAGGCCCCCCUCAAGAUAUGCCAAGAACUGCAGGAGUUGCAACCGUCGUUGCAGCCCCACGUCUACAGAUGUCCCACCGAGAUGCCCCAGAACCAGGCGAACGAGGCCCAGACCAAACAGAAAAUAGUCCACGAGGCGGAGAAGAGAAACUUCCUGGCCUCCACCACCUACAAGAACGUCACGUUGCCGCUCAAGACUUCCAAGUUGGCGAAGCCCUUCCCGGAUCCUGUCAAGGUUAUGCCCUCCCACACCGUCUCUGAUCAGGACAAGGCGGAGCAGAUGCUGGCCGACUCCAGGAUGCAAGCUUUGUAUCGUAAAUAGUGUGAAUUUGCUAAUCAAUUUUAGACCUCACUUAUGUAAAAUUCGAUGUGAACAAAACAAAAUAAUGUAGAUCAACGUACCAGAUGUAACUCAAAUAAAAUUUGAAAUAUAACAACAA